AUGGGACCUUUGAAGAGCGCCAUACUCGCUUCUCUUACUCUCCUUGCAGGUGUUGUGACCGCACAAGUUGGCUCUUUAGACAAGAACGGGCGGCCUACGAACUACACAGCUUACUACUUCGAUCAACUCAUUGAUCACUUUCAAGACAGCCCUCGUUAUGCACCUAACACGAACGCAACCUUCACCCAGAGGUACUACUUUGACAACACCUACUACAAGCCUGGUGGCCCAGUAUUCCUAUACAUUGGCGGCGAGACCUCGGGGCCUUCCCGGUUCUCGAACCUUCAGACCGGUAUAGUGCAGAUUCUUAUGAAUGCAACCAACGGCCUGGGUGUCAUCCUUGAGAACCGGUACUAUGGAGAAAGUUAUCCUUUCGAGAAUACAACCACCGACAACCUUCGGUUCUUGACUACCGAACAGACCAUUGCCGACAAUGCCUACUUUGCUCAGCAUGCCGUGUUCCCCAACGUCACUGGUGGGGAUAACCUCACUGCUGAUACCACUCCUUGGAUCCUGUAUGGUGGCAGUCUUGCAGGCGCCCAGACCGCUUUCUCCCUUGUGGAGUAUUCGGGGCUGCUCUGGGGCGGCAUUGCCGCUUCAGCUGUUGUCCAUGCCGUUCUUGGGUAUCCGGAGUGGUACAACCCGAUUCAAAGAAACGGGCCACAGGAUUGCAUAACGAGAAUCAACAACAUCAUUGACAAAAUCGACUAUCUCAUCCAGAACAAUGAGACGCAGGCUAUCCAGCAGUUGAAGGAGAUCUUUGGACUCGGUGCGUUGGAAGAUCCCAGGGACUUCGCCAUGACGAUCGCCUUCCCGCUCGGUGGCCCGAUGAACUACCCGACCAACACCUGGCAGGAACUCAACUGGUAUCCAGCUUAUGACCACCCAGACUUCUUCCAGUUUUGCAACAACAUCACGGAUCUGAAUGCGCCCGCGAACAUCACUGCGGUUGAUACACAGUUGGCCAAUUACACAAACGGCUCGGCGUGGACGGGUCUGGGUGCGUACGCCAACUACGUCAAAGAAGUGGUUGUCUCGCAAUGUCCAAGUGAGGACUUGAUCGGUACCACUUCGUGUUUCUCAACGCAAAAUGAAACCUUUUAUGCCCUGACAACCAAUUCGGUUGCACGCUCGUACCUAUACAGCACCUGCACUGAACAAGGUGCUUACCAACUGCCACAACCCUACGGAACUCCUUCGCUGCUCUCGCGAGUGAUUGACCUCAGUUACACCCAGCAGUGGUGCACCUGGGCCUUCCCUCCUGGUCCUCUGGCGCCCCAAGCCGUGCCGUCACCCGAUGGACCAAACCUGACAUGGUAUAACAAGUACGGCGAUUUCAACAUCUCGGCACCACGGCUGGCGUUCAUCGACGGUGGUAGUGAUGUCUGGCGAGAUGUAUGCUACCAUGGCCACAAUGCCAGCGAGCGAUAUGGCGAAAACCAGCAGCUCAUCAGCGGAGCCGGGCAUCAUUGGGAUAGCUACGGUAUCCUGAACAUCAGCGCUGAGCCGGACUUUAUCAGGGCAGCCCAUCAAUGGGAGCUGCGGCAGGUUCAGACAUGGCUGAACGAAUGGGAUGAGACACACGGGGGUAAGAGAAAGAGGGAUGAAUUGUAG